AAGAUUUCUUUGAAAUUUUACCUUGCUGCAAAAAAUACGAGUAUAUGUAUAAUUUGAUGUCUUUUCUUGAUCGUAAUUCGUUACCAAGACCUGGAAGUAGUUUACGUACCAAAACUGGUAACAGUGAAAAUAUUGUACAUGCAAAAAAAAGUGUUACUGUUAGUUUACUUUUCACUAUUUUUGCCUUGCAUUCAAAAAAUUAUUUAGGGCUAGAUAGUAUACAAUUCGGACUAGAACUUGGAAUAGGAAGAGACGUGAACAUACUAGCAAUAAUAAAUUGUAUUAUUAACAACAUAUAUUCCGACGACGACCUGUCGAUGAUUACUAGAGAAGUAUUCUUAAAUAAACUGUCGGAUAUACAUUACAUGGAUCCACGUGUUCUCGAUGUCAUUAAAAAAAAAGUUGAAAAUCGUCGUAGUUUCUUAAAUGAAAUGCAAACUAUAAUUCGUUCUAGACCCCAGUAUGUUUUUAAUUACAAACACAUGAGGAAAUAAAUUUUCUUUUAAUGAUGUGUCGUUUUUGCAUGUAAGCAAAUGAUUUUUGUUAAAAGAAUUUACUAUGUAGUUGUAUUGACUUUUUUAUGUAUUUUCUGUUUAAAGAAGUUUUAAUUUAUGAUACCAAAACUUGCUGAUUAUAAUUAAAAUGAAAACGACAUAUACUUUUCGGAGUUUAAUAUAUACUAAAUUUGUUG